AUGCAAAAUCGCCAGCCACACAAUUCCCCUGUUGUUGAUUACCAAAACCACCGCCAAGGCAAACCCCUGCCCACCCUCUUGACGCAACACACCUCUACACUCCGCGGAAUCCUGCCAACACUGCCAGGCGCAGUGACUGUAACCGCCUUCCCCGUUUCCAAAGCCCGUAUGCACUACAAAGAGGACAGACGCCCGACAAUCCCAGAGCUCCUGAAGGACAAGCUCUUGCUUGACUUGCUGGCGCCGGCAGAGGCGCGUUUGCAUGCCAACCCGGGUGGCGUAAGUAAGCCCCCUGCUACCACUCUACACAGCCCGUUACACAUGCUCGGUAUGCAUGGCUCAGCCUAUGCUAACUUGGCCAUGCCGGACGCCGAUGUCCUGACUGCUCUCGGAGCUUGGUUCAAUGACCUUGUGACUGGAAAAGUUGAUAGGACCAGGAGAGAUCAUCCCUUCGAGAUCCAACCAAAGAACAUCAAAAAGGUGGUCCAAGCAGCAUACUCAGUCAAAGGAGAUGUGAUCCAAACGGGGCUGCUGAGCAUCCUGCUGGCGCGGAAGAGUCCGUCGGAGCGAGCGGUGUGGCGGGCGACAAGCCAGGGGUGGAAGGAGAAGUACUCGUUUGUGUAA